AAACAUUGUGUAAAUUUUGAAUGGUGUGUCUUGUAGGUCUUGUAAACCAAUUUGCUUUCAUCGAUUGCCUCCAUAUUUCAGUUUGACGCGCAGAUUGAAGCGUUCAGUCAACUCUUGACGCAGUUUCCCGAUAGAGUGGCAUUCUAAAUGGCGAAGAAAGAUGUCCGUGUUAAGCGGGAACUGGAGAGAAUCGCGAAACAGCCUCCAGCGGGAAUCUCAUUGUGUCCGAUCAGCGAAGAUAACGUAUUGGAACUCCGAGCCACUAUAAUAGGAUUGGCUGGAACUCCAUACGAAUCUGGGGUGUUUAAACUAGACGUCUCUAUCACUGACCGAUAUCCAUAUGAGCCACCCAUGGUUCGCUUCAAGACCCCAGUCUAUCAUCCUAAUAUCGAUACCAGUGGCCGUAUUUGCCUGGAGCUCUUGAAAUUACCCCCAACUGGUUGCUGGCGCCCAGUGGUCACCAUUGAAGGUGUUCUUCUUGCAAUUCAAUCACUGAUGGCAACUCCAAAUCCAGAUGAUCCACUCAUGGAUGGUAUUGCACGCCAAUAUGUAACUGACAAGAAAGAAUUUGAAAGGAGUGCCAAGGAACACACGCUUCUACAUGCCUGCCAAACUCAGCCAAACUCUGCUAAUGGUUCCAACUCUGCCACUGGUGCAAACAAUGAGAAUUCAAAGGGCUCUGAGGACCUCAGCUCUCAAACACCCCCCAGCUCUUCAGGUCAUAAACAAAAAAUGGAGUGAUUGCAGUUAUGAAAAAGUUACCAAGAUCUAAAAAAAAAUUACGAUUCAUAAAGCACGUUGUUUGUGUGAUUUCAAAACAUAUGUCUCUGACAAUUUUACCCUCUUUACUGUUUCGUGUUUGAAAACUAUUGAUGUGUCUAGCUUGCCAAAUACCAUUUCAGUAUUUCAAUGUUAAUUCAGUUCUGCUGUGCAUCUUUGGUAGCUUGCAGUCACACGCUGUUCCUGGCAGAGGCAGAGUCACAGUCUUAUGGUAGGCCAGGAGGAUUGGUGCGGACGUGAUUGGUGGAACUGCAUGCUUACCUUAAUGCGUGGCUGAUCUGAAUUACCUAGUAUAGUUAGAAUGAUAAGAACAUCUACCCCUCCUAAGAAAGUCGUCCUAACUCCCUAGUGCCCAAGUGAAUUAGGAUGCUCUCCUAGUGCAUUUCAGGAUGGUUUCCUUAGGAGGGGUUGAAAUCAAGAUUAGAAUCAAAUGUAGAAGAAAAUCAAGAUCAGUUAGAAAAGUAGAAGAAAACCAAGAUUUAUUAAUGUGUGUGUGACUUCUGAUAGUUGUCUACUUGACUAUUUCAAUUUACUUUCCCUGUUGUAAUGUUUCUUUGUUUGAAAAAAAAAUUGAUGUGGCUAG